CCCAUGUGAGCCUCACCAUCUUUCUCUGCUACUUUCAAGGAUUUCCUCUCUCCUCUCUCAAAUUUUCUCUCUCCACUUCUUCGUUUUCACAGCAGAAUCAGGUGGAGAGGAGAGUUUCAUAGCAUACUUUGGUUCUGUAUUGCAUUGGAUCGGUUUUAUUUUGAAUUGAAGGCAAAAACCGGCUCUGGAAAUGGCUAAGAAUGUUGGAAUUCUCGCUAUUGAUAUCUACUUCCCUCCUACCUACAUUCAGCAGGAAGCAUUGGAAGCUCAUGAUGGUGCAAGCAAGGGGAAAUACACUAUUGGGCUUGGACAGGAUUGCAUGGCGUUCUGUACUGAGGUUGAAGACGUCAUCUCAAUGAGCUUGACAGUUGUCACUUCCCUCCUUGAAAAGUAUGGAAUUGAUCCAAAACAAAUUGGCCGGCUAGAAGUUGGCAGUGAGACUGUUAUAGAUAAAAGCAAAUCAAUUAAGACUUUCCUGAUGCAAAUAUUUGAGAAACAUGGAAACACCGACAUUGAAGGUGUUGAUUCAACGAAUGCGUGCUAUGGGGGUACAGCUGCCCUAUUCAACUGUGUCAAUUGGGUUGAGAGCAGCUCCUGGGAUGGGCGUUAUGGUCUUGUGGUGUGCACAGAUAGUGCGGUGUAUGCUGAAGGACCUGCUCGUCCUACUGGUGGGGCUGCAGCAAUUGCCAUGCUGGUAGGACCUGAUGCUCCUAUUGGUUUUGAAAGCAAGUUGAGGGGAAGCCAUAUGUCUCACGUUUAUGAUUUUUACAAGCCUAAUUUAGCGAGCGAAUACCCGGUUGUUGAUGGUAAACUCUCUCAAACCUGUUACCUCAUGGCCUUGGAUUCUUGCUACAAACAAUUAUGUCACAAGUAUGAGAAACUGGAGGGCAAGCAAUUUUCCAUUUCUGAUGCUGACUAUUUUGUAUUUCAUUCUCCCUAUAACAAGCUUGUGCAGAAGAGCUUUGCUCGAUUGCUCUUUAACGAUUUCAUGAGAAAUGCCAGCUCAAUAGAUGAAGUUGCUAAAGAAAAGCUGGCCCCGUUUUCAACCUUGUCGAACGACGAAACUUACCAGAGUCGGGAUCUCGAAAAGAUAACUCAACAACUUGCGAAGCCUCUUUAUGAUGCAAAGGUGCAACCCUCUACUUUAAUACCAAAGCAAGUCGGAAAUAUGUAUACUGCCUCUCUUUAUGCAGCAUUUAUAUCACUUCUUCACAACAAGAAUAACUCACUGACAGGAAAUCGGGUUGUAUUGUUCUCUUAUGGAAGUGGCUCAACUGCAACGAUGUUCUCAUUGAAGCUCAAUGAAGGUCAAGCUCCCUUUAGUUUGUCCAACAUUUCAGCUAUCUUGAACGUGGAUAAAAAGUUGAAAUCGAGGCAUGAGCUGGUACCGGAGAAAUUUGUCGAAAUAAUGCAGCUGAUGGAGCAUCGUUACGGGGCUAAGGACUUCGUGACGAGCAAGGACUGCAGCUUGCUACCAGCAGGCUCCUACUAUCUCACUGAAGUUGAUUCGUUAUACAGGAGAUUCUACGCGAAGAAGGAUGGGGAAAGUGAAAAAAUGGAGAACGGUGUGGUUGCUAAUGGGCACUGAAAUAAAGUUGAGAAUAAAGAAUUUUUCUUAGCACAAGUUGUUCAGAAGCUAGAGAAGAAGGCAGUACGAUGAGAGCGGGUAGUUGUAUGUUGUUUUGUUUUUCCUUGAUGUUAGGAAAAUUGUCUGAAUAAUGAGUUGGUUUUAUUUAUUCACAAGAUACCAUGUAAUGUUGUUGGUUGUGAUGAUGUUAUUAAUGUAGACUCCUUCCCCUCUUUCUCUCUUCCA